AUGACUUCUCCGGAUAUUCAAAAAGAUAUUGUAAGUUCUUGUGCAAAAGAAAUGGUGAAAGCAAUUAUUGAAGACUUAAAUGGGGAUUACUUUGAAAUUUUGGUUAUGAGUCUAAAGAUAUUUCUCAUAAGGAACAAAUGGCACCUGUUCUGCGACACAUCCGCAAAGUUGUUGAAAGAAGCGAUCUACUAUUCACUUUUAGAUCAUUCUUUGAGUCGAUCCCAAAUACGGGGACAAGGUUACGAUGGAGCUAGUAACAUGCAGGGAGAGAUUAAUUGCCUUAAAACUUUGAUUUUGAAAGAUAAUUCUUCAGCAUAUUGCAUACAUUGCUUUGCUCAUCAGUUGCAAUUGAUUCUUGUAGCUUUUACAAAGAAACAUGAUGAUGUGAAUAAUUUUUUUGACAUUCUUGCUAAUGUUUUAAAUAUUGUUGGAGGUUCUUUUAAGCGCAAGGAGAUGCUUCCAGAUGAUCAAGCUGAAAAAUUAAAGGAAUUACUAGUGCUUGGUGAAGUUCAUACGGGAAGUGGAUUAAAUCAAGAACUUGGACUUCAAAGACCCGGUGAUACCCGUUAG